UUCAAUUGUACAGUAACUGACCUUGUCCUGCACUCCAUCUCCACUUCACUAUUCAUUUCCUACCUUUCUUCAUUUCUUAUCCCUUUCUCCAUAUCUAUCUUCUCUCUCUGCCUCUCUGUUUUUCCCUUGCAAUGGAGAUUCCAACCAAAACACCAACUUUUUCCCUUCAAAACUCGUUCCCCUGUCUCUUCUUCUUCUUCUUCUCCAGUCAAUACAUUGUGGUUCCUGUUACAGCAGAUUUCAAUGUUACCCCUUACCACCCCAUAGAAAACAUCGCAAUUGACUGCGGUUCUCCUUCCACCAAUGCCUCGUCUCUCGAUAGCCGUUCUUGGGUUGGAGAUGGCAAUGGAAAAUUCAGCCCCAUAGAGCCACAAAACAACAAGUACAAAUCCUCAGCGACUAAAGCUGUAUCUCCACCGCCCUCACCAGUUGAUAAUGUCCCCUACUCCACAGCUCGUCUUUCUUACUCACAGUUCACCUAUUCUAUUCCCCUCACUUCUGGCCCAAAGUUCAUCCGCUUGCACUUCUAUCCAACUUCAUAUCCAGACUUUGACGACCCUUCUAAGAAAGCUUUCUUCUCUGUUGAAGGUGGGGGUUUUACCCUUCUCAGGAAUUUCAGUGCUUCACUCCAUGUUGUACCCGAAGUUCCACUUAUCAUCAAAGAAUUUUGUAUAAAUGUAGAUGAAGGUCAAAGGUUAAACUUAACCUUCACUCCUAGUCUUGAUAUCACUGAUUCUUAUGCUUUCAUCAAUGCCAUCGAAGUUGUUUCUAUGCCGAUCAAUCUAUAUUAUACACCAAAGAUUGAUGAUCACGGCGUACCUUUUGUUGGCCAGGCCCCAGGAAGCUUGUACACCCUAAAAAACAACACUGCCCUUGAGAUGAUGUAUCGAAUCAACGUUGGUGGGAGGGAAAUCUCGCCAGAAGACGAAACUCAAAUGUUCCGGAGCUGGUUAAAAGAUGACGCCUAUUUGACAAUAGCCAAACCAAGUGCUUUUCCUGUUAAUGAAAGUAUUAAUCUCACCUUCAGCAGUGAUACAGCAUCGUACUCUGCUCCAAGGGAGGUUUAUGUGACUGCAAAGACCAUGGGGACGAACAAGACCCAGGAUGAGAACUACCAGCUGACAUGGGAGUUUCCUGUUGAUUUUGGGUUCAAUUACUUCAUAAGGUUACAUUUUUGUGAGUUCCAGAGAGAGAUAACCAAAAAUGGCGAUAGAGUGUUUGAGAUCUUAUUAGCUAAUUUAACUGCAGAAACUGCAGCAGAUGUUAUAUAUUGGAGUGGUGGAAAUGGGAUUCCAGUAUAUCGGGAUUAUGUGGUGUCAAUAGGAAAGAAAGGAAAUCAAAAGCAGCGAAAUCUCACUAUUGCUUUGCAUCCUUCGCCAGCUUGGAAAACUAUUUAUUCUGAUGCAAUCUUGAAUGGGCUUGAAAUCUUCAAAUUGAGCAACCAUUUUGUUCUUGCCAGUCCAGAUCCAGUUCCAAUAAAUCAAAAAGAAAAUUCACUACCCACAUCAACCAAGCCUAACAACAAGAAAGCAGCAUUCAGAAUUGUGGUAAGCGUAAUAUCGGGCUUUAUUGUUCUUUCUCUUCUUUGUUUCUUCAUUUACCGUCAAAAGAUGAGAGUCAAAGAUACCAGUUCCAGUAAAGGAGUUUCACAGUGGAGUCAGUUUUCUGGUAAAGGAGUUCCAGUAAAGGAUUCAACCAAGUGUGGUGGCUCAUCUCUGCCUUCUGAUCUUUGUCGUUACUUUUCACUGUCUGAGAUCAAGCGAGCAACCAGCAACUUCGACAAUGUUUUCAUUAUUGGUGUUGGAGGUUUCGGCAACGUUUACAAAGGAUUCAUCGAUGGUGGGGAGACCCAAGUUGCAAUCAAACGGUUGAACCCUGAGUCUCAACAAGGUGCUCACGAAUUCAGGACCGAGAUCGAGAUGCUUUCCCAGCUACGCCACCUCCAUUUGGUCUCAUUAAUCGGCUAUUGCAACGAUGACGGUGAGAUGAUUCUGGUCUACGAUUACAUGGCUAAUGGAACACUUCGUGAUCAUCUUUACAACACCAAAAACCCGCCUCUUCCAUGGAAACAAAGGCUAGAGAUUUGUGUUGGUGCCGCUCAAGGGUUGCACUAUCUUCAUUCAGGUGCAAAACACACCAUCAUUCAUCGAGACGUUAAGACAACAAAUAUCUUGCUGGAUGAGAACUGGGUGGCUAAAGUUUCAGAUUUCGGAUUGUCUAGAGUCGGCCCCACUAACAUGUCCCAAACCCAUGUUAGCACGGUUGUGAAAGGCAGCUUCGGGUACUUGGAUCCAGAGUAUUAUCGUCGUGGACAAUUGACUGAAAAGUCUGAUGUAUAUUCAUUCGGUGUGGUCCUUUGUGAAAUAUUAUGUGCUAGGCCACCGAUUAGUCGGUCGGCCGAGAAGAAUAAGGUAAGCUUAGCAUCAUGGGCUCAAGAAUGCUAUAAAAAUGGAACACUUUACAAUAUCAUUGAUCAAUUUUUGAAAGGAAAGAUUGCACCUGAGUGUUUGAAAAAAUUCACUGAAGUGGCAAUGAGUUGCUUGCAUGAUGAUGGAAUCGAGAGACCAUCGCUGGAUGCUGUGGUGUGGGGGCUACAGUUCGCACUACAAUUGCAAGAAAGUUCAGAGGAGGAGCCCCUUAAACCAAAUACCAGUGGUGGCAUUGAAGAAGACAUGGAUGAGUUUAAAACCUAUGAAAUGGAAGAUGAGAGUGGGGAAGUGUUCAGUAGCAUUGGCGAUCAUGUCAUGAACUCCAAGAGCACUACUUCUUUCAGUUUAACAAGUGAUGAACAAAGUUUUUGUAUUAAGGAUUCUAAUAAAUACUCGUCUAAGGGAGUGUUUUCCGAGAUUAGAAACCCAUAAGGACGAUGAUCCAAACAUGAAGCUUGUUGGUAGUUUUGUUGAGUUCAUUUGUGAAAGAUCCAAAUAAAUAUUUGCUUGAUUUAAAAAAAAAUGUAUUGUGAUAUUAGAUAUUUCAAGGUAGUUUCAUGUACCUAUGUUAAUCACCAAGGUAUUCGAAUAUAAACGUAAACUGCAUUAUAUUUUUAUUUAA